AGUAUUAUUGUUGGACUAGUAGUGUUUGCUGAUCUCCUAAGCAUUUCCCACCAAGCCUAAAGCAUUCCAGAUUGUUCAUCAAAUACCCGGCGUAUUCCGUCGGCGCUUUCUCCGAUCAGUCUCCGACUGGUUUCCGGCACAUACCGAUCAUCCUAAGGUAUUACUUUUGAGAUUUCCGUGCGGAAAGGAUGAGUAAAGUAUUCGAAGGUUACGAGCGCCAAUACUGUGAGCUGUCUGCUAAUCUAUCCAAGAAGAUUACUUCAGCUAGUCUCCUUGAUGGGGAACAGAAGAAACAGAAAGUAUCUGAAAUUAAAGGAGGAUUCGAAGAUGCUGAGGCACUGAUACGUAAAAUGGAUCUAGAGGCUAGAAGCUUGCCCCCAAAUGUCAAAGCUACACUCCUGGCCAAGUUGAGAGAAUAUAAAACGGAUUUGAACAAUUUGAAAACGGAAGUGAAGAGAAUCACUUCAGCUAAUGCCAACCAAGCAGCACGGGAUGAGUUGUUGGAAUCAGGAAUGGCGGAUACAAUGAUGGCAUCAGCCGAUCAAAGAACGAGGUUGAUUAUGUCAACUGAGAGAUUAAACCAGUCCAGUGAUAGGAUCAGGGAAAGUCGAAAAACAAUGCUGGAAACUGAAGAGCUUGGGGUCUCAAUUCUUCAAGAUUUGCACCAGCAACGUCAGUCCCUCCUGCACGCGCAUAACACACUUCAUGGGGUGGAUGACAACAUCAGUCGAAGCAAAAAAGUUCUUACUAAUAUGUCGAGAAGAAUGAGCAGGAACAAGUGGAUCAUCGGCUCUAUCAUUACCGUUCUGGUUAUAGCCAUAAUUUUGAUUCUUUACUUCAAGCUGACCCAUUAACUUGGCAGUUCUCAUAAUUGUAAUACCUUUUUGUGUUGUCUUUUUGGUUUUUGUGAUGAACCUGUAUGUGUUCUACAUUACUUGUGUGGCAAUUUGUAAUUGUAAUCUUUGUGUGCGAUGGAUUAUAUUUACUGCCGAGUUCGUCAUCUCUCUGUACUGUAAAGCACCAGCUAUAUCUGCUCGGUAUUGAGUAUCCAAUAUCCUUUAGGCGUUCUGCUUUUGUUUUAGCACAGGCUGUUUGCUAGUAUUUUCGCAUUAAAUUGAGUAAUAUAGCUGUUUAUUGGCCCAA